AUGAGAAUAGCAACCGCCGCUGUCACUUCUCUGCUUUUGAUCGGGCAAUCUCUUUGUCACCCGCACAGAGUCAAUCUCGAAGGCCAUGUCGAUGGGUCAGCUGAGAGUGUGGAGGCAACGCCCUUCGAGCAUGUGUCAAGGGAUGUUCCAGCCCCGUGGAACAGGGAUUCCUUGGUAUUCUUGGAGAAUGCCGCCCCGACAGAUCCAUUCCAGAAUAUUCACAAAUGGGGCAAUGAUAAUCAUGAUGAGGAGCUCCACAAUCUGGGGGAUCAUCAAGGAGAUAGAACACCACCUAGCUGGGCUACCCAUCCCAAGCAUAGCACCUCGUGUGAUACUUUGAGUCCCGAGCCAACUACGAGUAUUUUGCCCGCUAGUUCGCCAACCUCUCAGACUACCACUACGAGUUGUUCAUCGACAACUGCUUCACCAGAAACAACCACAAGUACUACCUCACCACCCUCUUCGAUAACUACGUCACCCACAACGAGUUUUUCAUCUCCGAUAACUUCACCGGCAACAACUAUAACAACCACCACUUCCACUACUUCGCCGAAAACAUCCACAACAAGUACUAGCUCGCCAACUACAACCACUUCCACCACUUCACCUACAACCACCACAACUUCCACCAACUCACCAGCUCUUGCAGCAACCACCUCCACUACUUCACCUAUAACAAUUACAACUACCACUACCUCACCGACUAGUACAACCACAACAAUUACCACUUCCACCACUUCAACUACAACCACCACAACUUCCACCAACUCACCAGCUAUUGCAGCAACCACCUCCACUACUUCACCUACAACCACUACCACUUCCACCACUUCACCUACAACCACUACAACUACCACUACCUCACCAGCUAUUGCAGCAACCACCUCCACUACUUCACCUACAACCACCACAACUUCCACCAACUCUCCAGCUAUUGCAGCAACCACCUCCACUACUUCACCUACAACCACUACCACUUCCACCACUUCACCUACAACCACUACAACUACCACUACCUCACCAGCUAUUGCAGCAACCACCUCCACUACUUCACCUACAACCACCACAACUUCCACCAACUCUCCAGCUAUUGCAGCAACCACCUCCACUACUUCACCUACAACCACUACCACUUCCACCACUUCACCUACAACCACUACAACUACCACUACCUCACCAGCUAUUGCAGCAACCACCUCCACUACUUCACCUACAACCACUACCACUUCCACCACUUCACCUACAACCACUACAACUACCACUACCUCACCAGCUAUUGCAGCAACCACCUCCACUACUUCACCUACAACCACUACCACUUCCACCACUUCACCUACAACCACUACAACUACCACUACCUCACCAGCUAUUGCAGCAACCACCUCCACUACUUCACCUACAACCACCACAACUUCCACCAACUCUCCAGCUAUUGCAGCAACCACCUCCACUACUUCACCUACAACCACUACCACUUCCACCACUUCACCUACAACCACUACAACUACCACUACCUCACCAGCUAUUGCAGCAACCACCUCCACUACUUCACCUACAACCACCACAACUUCCACCAACUCUCCAGCUAUUGCAGCAACCACCUCCACUACUUCACCUACAACCACUACCACUUCCACCACUUCACCUACAACCACUACAACUACCACUACCUCACCGACUACUACAGCAACCACCUCCACUACUUCACCUACAACCACCACAACUUCCACUAACUCACCAGCUAUUGCAGCAACCACCUCCACUACUUCACCUACAACCACCACAACUUCCACUAACUCACCAGCUAUUGCAGCAACCACCUCCACUACUUCACCUACAACCACUACCACUUCCACCACUUCACCUACAACCACUACAACUACCACUACCUCACCGACUACUACAGCAACCACCUCCACUACUUCACCUACAACCACCACAACUUCCACUAACUCACCAGCUAUUGCAGCAACCACCUCCACUACUUCACCUACAACCACCACAACUUCCACUAACUCACCAGCUAUUGCAGCAACCACCUCCACUACUUCACCUACAACCACUACCACUUCCACCACUUCACCUACAACCACUACAACUACCACUACCUCACCGACUACUACAGCAACCACCUCCACUACUUCACCUACAACCACCACAACUUCCACCAACUCACCAGCUAUUGCAGCAACCACCUCCACCACAUCACUAACUACUACAGCAACCACCUCCACUACUUCACCUACAACCACUACAACUACCACUACCUCGCCGACUACUACAGCAACCACCUCCACUACUUCACCUACAACCACCACAACUACCACCACUUCACCUACUCCAACUCCAACACUCGACUACGGUACCUGCUCGGACCCGACCAUCAGGUAUGAGUAUGGCCUGGAUAAUCGCAAUGAGUGGGCCUACACCACCAACAACCAGUCAGACUUCCCAUUCGGUUCUUCACAUGACAUCGCUACCCCGCAAGAUCUCAUCUGCAACCGUCUCAGGAGCCCAUGCAAUGCGCCGCAGGCCACUAUUGAUCAGUGCUAUGCCGCGAAGGAGGCAACUGCUGGCCUCACUGGCCAGGCUGCGGUUAACCUAUGGAACUCGCUGAUGACCUAG